AAUAAUCAUAGAAAGCGUGGAAAGUAGACAGAUGAGCUAGAAUUCAACUUACAUAAAACAUGAUUCCAAUAGUUGAUUUGGCGCCCUAUUCAUUAUCGGCAACAGCGGACCAAGUGGAUACCUCUACAUUACGUAAACUAGCCGAUGAGAUAUGCCAUGCUUUUCAAGAUGUUGGCUUUGUCUAUUUGAAAAAUCAUGGAAUACCUCAACAAUUGAUCAGCGACGUGUUUACAACAUCUGGAACUUUUUUUGAACAACCAGAAGAAAUGAAACAAAAAUAUGCUAUUCCCCGAGGAGAAUUUCACGGCUAUAUUUCAUUUGAGGAAGAGAAAGUCAAUCACGACAGACCAGUUUCUGAUGCUCGAGAAGGUUACACUAUGUUAUUUUCCAAGGAUGGUACAUCACCCAAAAACAUGCCACCAGAAAUAAGUUCAACGUUCAAGGAAAUGUACAUUACUUGUACAAAAUUAGCAUUAAAAAUUCUGGACCUUCUCUCCAUAGGAUUGAACAAAGACCGAGAAUACUUGAGACAGUUUCACAGAGGAAUAUGUGUUGAUGGGAAUAACACAAUGCUUCGAUCAAACUACUACCCACCUCUAAAAGAGAUAAAGGAGGGCCAGGCGAGAUGUGGAGAACAUUCGAGUUAUGGCACCAUAACAUUUUUAUUUCAAGACGAUGUGUCGGGUCUGGAAGCAAAGGGCCCCAGCGAUGAAUACCUCCCUGUGCCCCCUGUUGAGGGUUCCAUCGUUAUGAACCUUGGGGAUAUGAUGCAAAGAUGGAGUGCUGAUAGACUAAAGGCCACGAAACAUAGAGUUGUUGUACCACAAGAAGAUAAGGUCAGGGAGAGAAAAAGACAGUCCAUUUCAUUCUUUGUUGUCCCCGACGAUGACGCCGUUAUUUCAUGCACAGACGGAUCCAAUAAAUAUCCACCCAUACGAUGUCUGGACUACGUAAAAACACAUUUUGAUGCCAACUUUUGAAGAAACUUGUUUAAAAUAAAUCAUUCUGAUGAGAAUAUUUGUACAUUUAUUCGAAGACAAUUAUAUUGGUUGAUAUUUUCCUCCAGUGGUGGGUUUUUCUUUUGUCACUAGAUUACAAGUGC